ACCAGCCGCACUUCUUGGAAGCAGGUCACACUCCGUCUCACAUCCAAGGAUGCUGCACUUCAAAGUCCAAUUCCUGGAUAACUCUCAGAAGACCUUUGUUGUGGAUCAAAAAGCUCCUGGAAAAGAAUUGUUCAAUAUGAGUUGCAGUCAUUUGAAUCUGACCGAGAGAGAAUACUUUGGUUUGGAAUUCAAGAACAACACAGGCUACCUAGUUUGGCUGGGACUUCUUAAACCAAUAACCAAGCAGGUGAAAAACCCUAAAGAAACGAUUUUCAAAUUUAUGGUAAAAUUCUUCCCUGUGGACCCCGGGCAGCUGCGGGGAGAGUUGACAAGGUAUCUGUUCGCUCUUCAGAUUAAAAAGGAUUUGGCAUCUGGGAAAUUGACUUGCAAUGAUAACAGUGGUGCCUUAAUGACAUCUUACAUUCUUCAGGCGGAGUUGGGCGAUUAUGAGGAAGAGACAGCCAGAAAACAUUUGGAACAGAAUCAAUAUGUACCAAACCAGGAAUAUCUGGACAACAAGAUUCUGAAGUAUUACCAGCGGCAUGUGGGUAAAUCUCCAGCAGAAUCAGACAUGCAGCUACUGGACAUAGCGCGCAAGUUGGACACGUAUGGAAUACGAAUUCAUCAGGCAAUUGAUGGGGAGAAUAUGCAAAUCAACCUUGCGGUGGCUCAUAUGGGUGUUCUGGUUUUACGGGGAAACACCAAGAUAAACACCUUCAACUGGGCUACAAUAAGGAAGCUGAGUUUCAAAAGAAAAAAUUUCCUGAUUAAACUUCAUCCACAUAUUGAUACCUUGUGUAGAGACACUUUAGAGUUCACUAUGGUGAGUCGAGAUGCCUGUAAAGCUUUUUGGAAGACUUGUGUGGAGUAUCACGCCUUCUUUCGCCUAUCUGAAGAGCCUAAAUGUAAGCCUAAACCAUUCCUCUGCAGCAAAGGCUCAAACUUCAGAUUCAGUGGAAGAACCCAGAAGCAGCUGCUUGAUUCCUGGACUAAAGGAAGAGCGAAGGAUCUUCCCUUUGAAAGAAAACACUUACAGGCAAACCUCCAUGAAAGACAAUGCAGAUCUUCCCCCGACCUACUGACUGAAGUGGCAAAACAGCCCAAUGACUUGCGUCUGGUCUUCACCAGCCGACCAAGUUCUAGAAGUGUCAACAGUGUGGGCUGGGAUCGAAGAAACUCCGCCAUUGAUGUAAUUUUUCCAUCAGAGGUGGAACACUUAAAACCACAGGAAAAGGAGCAAGCAUAUUUGCAACAAUCAAAAAGCAGUUCUUCAUUUCCUGGGUGUAGCUAUGGUGACAUAGCUAGUGAGAUGUCUCAUCAGCGUUCACACAGGAGACCAUUGUCUUGUUAUGAGGAAACAAACCAUUUUUCUGGAAAUCAGAAAAGUUCUUCUGAAGGCAGCAUGAGGGAGACAGUUCCUACAUCACCAAGGACAUAUAUUGAUAUGUGUGCCGGGUCCUCAGGUCCAGCAAGAUACAGGUUUAGCAAAGGCCCUCCUAACAUAUAUUGCUAUACAGAUGGCAUAUCACAGAUACCGACGCAAACCUCAGCUGUUGUUGAAGAAAUUAUAAGACUUACCAGCCAAUCUAAGCUAUUUCCGGGACAAUCAGCAGACAGAAGUCCAAGUGCCAGAAGAUUAAAGGAGUAUCAUCAAAAAGUUUACCCCAGGACCAGUUGCAAAAGCAGUUCAGGAAUGGGAUCCCAGAUAGACACUCAAAUGACGAGAGAAGAAGAUAAUCAAGAACCCAACCCUAAGAGAUCUUGGAGUCAUUCAGACAUGAAAUCAGAAUGUCCACCCCAUGGUUCAGAAUUCAGACCUCUAGGUCAUUACCCUAUACUGAGCAGAACCUCUAGUGUCUCAAGGAACCCACUACCUCAUCAGUUUACUCCAUUACCACUUCCACCACCACCAUUACCACCACCGCCACCUCCUCCUCCUUCAAAAAAAGGUCCACAAGUCACAGAAAGAUAUGUAUAUAGUGGGACCGAAUCAAGUGACUCUGAAUCGGAGAUUAUAAAUCCAUAUUACUAUGCUGUAUUUGGUAAAAAUAUAAGACAUCCCAUGGCAAGAGUUAGGUUAUCCUCAGGUAGCCUUCAGCUAGAAGACGAAGAAGAAGGGAGUCCUUUAAAUAUCCGUGCAUGGGAAAGCAGGAAGCCCAAACAAGAAUGGAAACAUUUCCACACUUAAAAGGUUAUGUUCAUCUUUUAUAUGGACAUAACCUUUAUCAUUGGUUUUACAAAUUUUUUGCUAGUAUAUAAGCUAAAAUUUUUGCGCAUUGGUGUAAAAAGUCUCAAAUUUUGGGGAAAUGCAUUUAGACCCACUUUUUGCAGUGGUUGAGGAUUACUUGGGGAUGCAUUGUAAAACUUUUUUUUUUUUUUUUUUUUAAUGAACUGAUGCCAGAAAGUUAAACAGA